UGUUGUCAGAGAGUCAGGAGGUGAUCAGCUGCUGGGAGCUGAUGUCCUCCAGGGCUCUGAAAGGUUCUCCUAGUUGCUCCUGGUUGCUCUCUGACAGGAAGAUGAUGAAGAUGUUGGUGGUGUUUGGGAUCCUGCUGCACGCGCCCGCCCUGGUCUCAGCCUUACAGGCCAAAGAAGGAGACCCGUUUGUCCUGCUGCCCUGUCAAUUCGAUACCUUUGAAGUCACCAACCCCACGGUCCUCUGGACCUUCAGUUCCUCAACCGUCCACCGGCGUCAGCAGGGAGAAGAUCAACUACAGGAUCAGGACCCGCGGUACAGAGGCCGGACCUCCAUGAGGACGGAUGCUCUGGCAGAUAAAGAUCUGAGCCUAAAUCUGACCAAGCUGGUGCUGUCUGACUCUGGGAACUACUCCUGCAUCGUCAGGGACCACAGGGAGGAAAUCCACAGGGAAAGCGUGACCCUGCAGGUAGAAGGAGGUUUUCCAUCUUGGGCCACAGCUCUGCUGGUUGUUCUCGGUAUCCUGGUUUUCUGCAUCUCUGGAGGGGUUUUAUUUUGCUUCCGUCAGCAUUUCAUGUCAGAGUACCGGGUUCCAUUGGGUUAUAAUAAGAAGUCUGUCCUGCUGCCCUGCAAGACCACAGCUUGCCUGUCUGAAGAUGUUAGGGUGGAGUGGACAGAUGAAGGUGGCAGGAAGGUCCAUGUGUAUGAGAACGGUUCUGAUCUGCCUGACGAACAGGACGGGCUCUAUAAAACCAGGACUGCCAUGGAAAAAAAGUUCAAAUCUGGAGACGUCAGUCUGACCCUGAAACACCCCUCAGAUGAAGAUAAAAACAUCUACACCUGCAAGAUCUACAGUCAGGGAAAAAUCCUGACGCAGAAAACAGUCACCCUCUACAUCAAAGGAGCAAAGAAGGGGAAGUCAUCCAUUGUGUGAAAGCCCUCUGUCUGUGUAGAUGACCUUUGACCUCCUGGAUCUCAUCAUCUUCUCUUCAUGGACUCUGAAUAAACUCCUGCUGACCAUCAACCUGAGCCUACCUCCA